AUGCAAGCAGAAAAUUUUAUUGAGGCUGAUCAUAGUAUUAAAACAGAUAUAAUGCCUAGUGAUAAUAAAAUAAUUACUGCUAUACUUAAUCGUAAUUGCAAUGAAAAUGAUAAAAAUGAACCUGAAGUUCAUAUUUCUUAUAAGGAAGUUAUUAUAAGCAUUAAUAAUAUUUUGCAUUUUAUUGAUCAAGAAAACAGAUUUAAAGUAGAUGAAUCUUUUGUUCAAAAACUAAAUAGGUUUAAAAAAGAU